GCGGCCUAUGCGGACGCCAAGGGUCACAUCACAGGUAGACGACGGGAGGAGCGAUUCACCUGGCAGGAAAGGCGCCAUCGCACCCGAAGCUAAGCUCCUUCGUGGGGACGACCGAACGGUGUUGUUUCCACAAGUCGGCAAGACGGUGAUGGACCCCGAGAACCAAGUAAACAACGCCCAUCACCCAGACGACGUCGCCAAAGCAGUGGCGUUGGACGGAUUUCUCUUGCUGGACACAUGUCGAGUGGAGUUCCCCGAAGAAGCCACCAGAGCUGACGUGAAUGGCCUCAACAUUCGGUCCGUGGUCGUGGACGAUUUGCUGUUCUUUAGCAACCUCGUGUUCCUGGACAUGAGCGACAACCAAUCACCGUUCGAGCCCCUGGGGACGCUGCCAGCUCUGAAAGAACUCGACUUCCAGUGCAACGCAGUGCAUAAGAUCACAAAUUUGACUGGUUUUGACGCCCUCGAGUGGCUCAACCUGUCGUUCAACUGCCUCACGAGCCCCGACGUCGAAGAACUGGCCAAGCUGCCCAAGCUACGAGAACUAUAUUUAUCCAACAAUGCCAUCGCAACGUUGCCCCCCAUCAUGGAUCGCUUUAGCCGCCUGGAAACAUUGUCGUUAGAGCGCAACAACAUUCAAGGCAUGGGGGUGUUUACACUCUUGGCUGUCGCCCCUCGGCUGAGAAACCUCAACUUAAGCCACAACAAAAUCGUGGAAUUCCCAGAGAGCGCCCUCGCCCUCCACGAUAAGCAAAGCAACUGCGGAUUUGUUACCCUCGCGUACCUCAACCUCGCGCACAACAAGAUCAGUCGGGAAUGCGACAUUUUGCCGCUGGUCAAGAUGCGGUCGCUGCAGCAAUUGGUGCUCUACGGGAACCCCCUCGCCCACGCUGCAGUGCAGACUCAAGACAAGACCAAACUCUUGUACAACCCCGUGCCAGACAUGACGGACGUGCACAUCGACAUUGUUCGAGAGGUGGAGCUCAACAUCGUCGUGGCGUACCCUGCGACCAAGAAGAAGAAGUCCACAUACAAGAACGUCCAGAUCGCACGGGUGGCGCAGGCGGCGCUGCCGACGUCGUUCGAGUUCAAAGCCAGAGCCCAACGCAUGCUGUUUUCACCACUUCCGCAAGACCACCAACACACGACCAUCUUUCCACGCCUCGAGAAAAAGGACCUGUCAGAUGCCAAACCUUCUGAUGUGUCGACCCCCCCCGGCCCGGACUCGACAUUCUUGACCGGCCUUAGACUUGAAUGUAGCACCAGUGCGCUGGUGGCCAGGCAGGAUAAGUUCCCACACGUCAAGGACCGACGACACAUGGAGAACGAUGUGCCGUCGUACUUUCUGGCACGAUCACUGGCGCCAACCACCGACGUGCAACAGCACAAGCUCAAGACGGCCAUGACGUCAUUGCGGUACCAACUCAACCACCCGCUCACGUCGCACAACGACAUGGACGUGAUGGCCGACUGCCAAGCGUCCCGACCCAACGCCAUCCACAAAAUUCGGCAACGACCGAAGCGACACGACGACAAGGUCGCCGUCGGAGGAGUGCUCGCAACCAUUGACCGCGCCAUCGACGACGUCAACUCAAAGCUGCACCACCGAGACUUGGCUCGACACAGAGGCGACGGCGUGAAUGCCAUCCUUCGCAAAGCGCACCGACUCGUUCAGCACGGGUAGCUACCUAGCUACGUUCGUCCUCAACGUAGUAGUAGCCUUAACCAAGAAACACACGAUUAUAAAGUGU